GAAGAAUAUUUCCAAAGUUUUAACAAACCACCACUAAGCCGUGAUGAAUACCCAAUGUUCUCCCAGCAUUCCUACUAUCGAAGCAGUACGUCGCUCUUUAAGAGUAAUCGAGACUGGGGGCUACCCAACCCCCCGUUCACCACUCAGCGAGGCACCAAGUCAAAAUAUAGAGACCAGAGUGGUUCCACUUGCACAUACUACCUCUAUUCCAGCACCAGAAGGAAUUCUCACCCCUACUCCGGCACAAGUACGUGAGAUGCAGGCUGAGAUUGAGCGACUCAGAGCUCAACUCAGAGCCAGAGAGGACUCCCAUAUUAAUGCUCCUGGUUCCUCUAGAGUACCGACACCAAAAUACCAGGAUAGAGUUGUUGCCCAUGGCUCGAUCAAUGAACCACCAAAUGCGACAUCAGCACCAGUUGGAUUAACCGCCCCGAGUCUCUCAGCCAAUCUACUCGAACCAUCCCAAAGACAUGGAGUUGUCUCUACAACUGGAGUAGGAGGACCUCUAUCCAUAAUCGUGCAAGAUGAGCCCUACCCACCAAAUCUCCAUUUACCAAGCUUGCCAGAGUAUUAUGGCACCACAGAUCCAGAAGACCACCUUUGCUAUUUUCAAAUCCUAAUGCCAUUAAUCGGAGCAUCUGAUGCAACAAUGUGGAAAAUCUUCCCAGCAACACUCCGUGGAGAUGCCCGACGAUGGUACUCAAAGUUACAAGAUGGUAUUAUCUCCAGCUUCUUCGAAUUUGCCACUCUCUUUAGAUGCAAAUUCUACGCACAGAAAAAACAGCCUAUCAUCAUCCAUCAACUUCUCAGCAUCAGGCAGCGUAAUGAUGAGACACUCAAGGCAUACUAUACUCGAUAUAGUAACAUCGCCAUCGGACUUACAUCCAUCUCCACGGAGAUUGCCACCAAUGCCCUGAUGCGAGGGACUAUCAACACUGUUCUAUAUGCUUCUCUUGCAAAACGGGCUCCCCACAACACUAUGGAGAUUCAAGAGAGAGUUUCAAAAUAUAUUGAUCUAGAAGAGGCACUUCAGGAGGUUAGUCGGGCAGGAUCCAAAAUAAAACUAGAGACUUCAUCCCAUGAUUCUCGCCGACAACGUCAAGUUCUUGCACCCGAGGGCUGAAACUCUUCCCAAAAUUCCAAAAGGGAAGCCACCCUGUUAAAACAAAGCUAUACUCCUCUCAAUCGCUCUAGACAAGCCAUUCUUCAGGUCAUUCGAGAGAAGAAAAUUCCCAUUACUCAACCUCCUCUAGUUAUGAGGGUUUCAGGAUAGGGUCAACAAUUCUACUGCGAAUUCCACCAUUGUACAGGACAUGGAGGAAGCUCUACAGAUCUUUUAUUCUACCCAGCUUUCAAGUCCAUCGGUCUUUAGCUAAACAAAUGUCAACCUCCUAGCAUUUACCUUGUGGGCUUCUCCGGAAAUCAAGUCCCAUUUUUGGG